AUGUGCACCCCCGCCAUCAACUUCGUGUACAGGUCGCUGUUUGAGAAAGACAAGGUGCUGUUUGCCCUGCUGCUGUCCACCAAAGUCAAGAUCGACGCGGGCGCCCUUGACUCAGCCCACUUGCGUUUCCUCCUGACCGGCGGCCUGGCGGUCGGCGGCCCGCAGCACCCCAACCCCGCGCCCGGGUGGAUCAGCUCCAAAAUGUGGGGCGAGGCCUGCAGGGCCGAGGGCCUGGGGCCGCUGUGGCAGGGCCUCGCGGCGCAUAUGACGGAGAACGUGUCUACGUGGAAGGCCGUAUAUGACUCGCCGGCGCCCCAGGACGCGGCGCUGCCUGAGCCGUGGGACUCGGGCCUGGACGCCUUCCAGCGCCUGCUGCUGCUCAGGCGAGCGCGCGCACGUCUGCUGCCGCCGCCGAGCGCGGUUCCACCUGCUGAUCAUCUGCUUGCCACGCCUGUCGUCCUGUCGGUGCGGCUGUGUGAGCUCUCCAAGUUUCAGUCCUGA